AUGGACAAGCUUACGGCCGCCGAGAAGGCCGUGUACGAUUUGCUCAAGGUCGAAAUCUCCGGCCACUUCGUCCAGAAGUUGAAGGAGCAACAAGACAACAUCCUCAAGGCGGUGACCACCCUGGUGACCGACGCAACUCAGAAGAUCAACUCCGCCGCCAACCGGAUCGAGACUUUGCGUACCCAUUUUAGUGCCGAUAUUGGUGAUUUGCGCCUGGAUCUGGACAAGCUUGCCGGCCUGGACGAUUCGCCGCCUCGCAAGCCUCCUCCAGCUUCGUCUCAGGGCAAGGAUGGGGAAAAGCUACCCCUGUCCUCUACUCCUUAUCAUCUCCACAAUGGUCUUAUUCGCAAAAAGGGGCGUAUUUGGCUUGCUGCUACUCCUGCUCUCCAAUUGAAGAUCAUUCAAGCUUUCCAUGCUAGUCCAGUUGGGAGUCAUUCCGACCUGCCUGUCACUUAUCAACGCCUUAAACACUUAUUCUCUUGGACUGGUCUGAAGCAGCAGGUUAAGCAAUUUGUUCAGACCUGUGACGUCUGUCAGCGUGCUAAACCUGAACGCACACUCUAUCCUGGUAAGUUACAGCCUCUUCCUAUUCCUACUGGUGCUUGGGAGCUUAUUACCAUGGACUUCAUCAAAGGUUUGCCUUCUUCUCAUGGGUACAAUUGCAUUCUGCGUAUGACUCAUCAGGCUGAUAAGAAGCGUCAGGAGCAUCAAUUUCAGAUUGGUGACAGUGUUUAUCUGAAACUUCAACCUUAUGUUCAGCCUUCAGUUGCACCUCGGGCUAACCAUAAGCUUCUCUUCAAAUAUUAUGGGCCCUUCUUGGUUGAAGAACUCAUUGGCCAUGUGGCUUAUCGUUUGCAGUUGCCAGUUGGGAGUUGGAUUCAUCCCGUGUUUCAUGUUUCCCAACUGAAAGCUGCUCUUCGUCCUACUGAUCAGCGACAUGGUUUCUUGACAAGCAACUUGUUGGGUUCUGGAUCAUUUGGGUCUGUAUACAAAGGAGAGUUAACUCAACCAGGUGAAAGUGCAAGUUUUGUUGCUGUGAAGGUAUUGAAACUUCAAAAUCCCAUGGCACUCAAGAGUUUUACUGCUGAAUGUGAAGCACUGCGAAAUAUACGGCAUCGGAAUCUCGUCAAGAUAAUUACAGUUUGCUCAAGCAUUGAUACUAGCGGGAACGAUUUCAGAGCAAUUGUAUAUGAAUUCAUGCCGAAUGGUACCUUAGAAGGUUGGCUACAUGCUGACAAAGAUGACCAAGCAGAGCAGAGGCAUUUGGAUCUCCUUGAAAGAGUGACCAUACUACUCGACGUGGCUUAUGCAUUGGACUAUCUUCAUAACCAAGGCCCUGCACCUAUUGCACAUUGUGAUGUUAAGUCAAGCAAUGUGCUUUUAGAUGUUGAUAUGGUAGCCCAUGUUGGAGAUUUUGGACUUGCUAGGAUUUUUAUUGAUGGAAGCUCAUACCCACAGCAGUCGACGAGCUCAAUGGGAUUUAGAGGGACAAUUGGUUAUGCUGCAUCAGAGUAUGGCGCUGGAAACAUGGUAUCAACGAAUGGAGAUAUUUUCAGUUAUGGAAUUCUAGUUUUGGAAACAGUAACUGGGAAAAGGCCCACUGAUAGUGGAUCCAGACAAGGAUUAUCCCUUCGUGAAUAUGUUGAGCUGAGUCUAGAUGACAGAACGUCAGAGGUUAUUGACUUGCGGCUUUCAUUGGACCUCGAGAAUGCACUUCAGACCACGGAUGAUUCUCCUUACAGAAAGAAGAUCGAUUGCAGUGCUUCACUGCUUAGACUUGGUAUAUCUUGCUCUCAGGAAAUUCCAUCGAGUAGAAUGUCAACUGGAGAUAUCAUCAAGGAACUGCAUUCCAUCAAAGUGUCUCUCUUAUCCAUACCAUGAAGUUAUGUUGGAAAGAUUUAUGUGCGGUGAUUUUCUGUUCAUGGAUAUUGUUGAACCUCUUUGCGAAUAGUCUUGUUCUGAUUUCUGCAGUGUCGACACUUUCUGAGCGGCCGUUUAAUGUAUGAUAUC